AUGGAACACCACCAAAAUUUGACCGAGUUAAAGGCCAUUCGAUCGGCUACUAAGUCCAUGAUCCUGUCUCUUCAGAAGAGCCAAAUUGUCCACCAAAAGGUAUUGGGGCUCAGGAAAACGGCGAGGCAAGCCCUGGCAGAAGUUGAAGAAAAAACGACCGAGCUGAAGAAGUUCCAACAAAAAAUGGCCGAGCUAGAGGCUGAGGUAGCUCGUCUAACCGGACUAGUUACCUCGGCUGAGGCUGACAAACAGAAGGCGUUGAUCGCGAUGAAAAACAAGUACCUUCGUGAGCUAGUCAAGCUUGAAGGGAAAAAGGACGCCGAAAUCGCUGAUCUGAAGAAAAAGGGGGGUGAUGCCAACGCCACAGGUUUCAAAGAGGUUGUUGAGUUUGCCCUGGCUUUGCAGAAAGCUGGGUGUUUUUCUGUUGUUUUGGAAUGUGUGCUUGCACCUGUUGAUGCUGCUGCAACAUUUGCUCUUCGAAUCCCUACAAUUAUUAUUGGGGUAAGGCCUUUCUAUAUUGGCCAAGUUAAUUGA